CCUUCAGUACAACACACUAUAGUAGCACUGUAAUAUCUUGUUUGCUGGAGCUGUAGGGGCCAGCAGGACCAGAAGUUUGCGAAUCGUUGUUUCUGCACGCGGGCUUCUCCUGACGCAACAUCUGCUGCAUGUUUGCAAGUCAUACUUAAGCUUACUCACUCAUUACUGGCAGCACGCGGUCUGCUCGGGAGCGUCGUUGGGGCGUCCCCCAGCCCGUGCUUCACCAUCGGGUGACCUGACACGCUUGUCCUUCAGGGUCACUGUAGAGCUAUCGUUAUUACUGGCGUACACCCAGCGGACAGCGGCAUAGAUGGCUGGUGUGGACCCGUACGUCGCCCGGCUAUGGUUCGAGAGCGUGGACGCAGACAACUCUGGCUUACUGGACGCCAAGGAGUUGCGGCAAGCGCUCGAGAUUGGCGGGCUCGGCUACAGCUUACAGCAGGCCCACCAGUUUGUCCGGGCGUUUGACUCCAAGGGUAAUCACAAGCUCAACGUGAACGAAUUCGUGGAGCUACACCGCUUCCUGUCAGCAGUCACGGACGCGUUCACGGCAGUGGCCAAGGGCAGCAAGACCAUUACCGCUGCGGACGCGCCGCAGGUGCUUGCGCGGUUAGGCUACACCCUCGACCCCCACGCCCUCAAUGCGGUGCUGCUGCGCCAUGACACGGACGUGAGCGGCACCUUCGCGCGCGAUGACUUCCUGCGCAUCUCCUUGUUCCUACACACGGCGCGCCGCGGCUUCACAGCCUUUGACGCGCAGCGCACCGGCAAGGUUGACCUCACCUUCAACCAGCUCGUGUACUGCGCCUCCUACCUGGCAUAGCAUCACCCUAAAUUGUGAAGCUGGCCGGCGCUGUGUUGCGUGAGGCCGGCUGAGUUGCAGUGUACAUAGAGGAUGGUGAUGGCUGUUGAGGUUUCUGGGCAGGCUUAUUGCAGCAGGUGAGACUGAAGAUGGGGCUAUCCUUUAAUCAAUCAUUUAAUUGUACCUGAGGAAUGGUAGAGUGCCUUAUAGUGACAGGUACAUGCUGCAAGGACAGUGUGAGCCCAGGGAGGACGCUCCGGGAGCCGCGCCUGAAGGAUAAAAGGGAAGAAGGGAACAUUGCCGGACAGGUUGCCAGAGUGCCCAGCGGAUGCUAGGGCAGUGGAGGAGCGCCAGGCACACACGUACGGGGUAGAUUAAUUCUGUUUCCAUCUCAUGUAACGCGGUCCAGUGGGCAGAUGGACGCACCCCUUCCGCCACGUCAUCCACAACAUCCGCCACGUCAAUCCCAACAUCCCUCGCAGGGGCGAGGCGGCGGCGACCAACAAGGCCAAGCCCCUGGCCCCUGUCACGAAGAAAACAAGAGGCAAGAAGAAGGAGCCUGGACCGGAGUAGAUGCGGAGCUUUGGAGCUGUGGAGCUGCGUGUGUUAGUGAUGGAGGUUGGCUGCUCUAGAGCUUGGAGCUUCGUGGGUGGGCGUGGAGCUUUGGAGCUGUGGAGCUGCGUGUGUUAGUGAUGGAGGUUGGCUGCUCUAGAGCUUGGAGCUGUGUCAACGUGUGACUGUCAACGUGCACUCGGAGCUGGUCUGGUCCCCCAAAGUAGCUGCCAGACCCUGCUUUCAGCCUUUCAGAAGCCGCGGGGAGUGCCGGGACUGAGUAACUGGUACACGUUCCCUUA